AUGGCUACCCAACCACCCACGCAGUAUCAUCAUCACGGCCGGUUCACUGUCGCAGGUGGUGUACUCCCUGACGCUGUCACUGCCUAUCGUACCUAUGGAAAUCCAGACAAGCCUUGCAUCGUCUUUCCGACUUGUUUUGGGGCUAAGCUGGAUAGUCAGGUUUAUAUGGUUGGAGAAGGAAAGGUCAUGGAUCCCAUUAAAUAUUAUAUUGUCACUUUUGCGCUGUUCUCAAACGGAGAAUCGUCUUCGCCAUCGAACACGCCUGCUCCCUACAAUGGUCCAUAUUUUCCAGCCGUCUCUUAUGAGGACAACAUCCGUGCACAACACGCCGUACUUCAAAAUCUCGGAGUAAAGAAAGUUUUUGCAGUAAUAGGUUUCUCAAUGGGCGGUCAACAGGCAUACCACUGGCCGGUGAUGUAUCCAGAAUUCGUCGAGAGAUAUGUCGUCAUAUGUGGUUCUGCUCGAACCAGUCCCCAUAAUCAAUGCUUUUUGGAAGGCCCGAAGGCGGCACUGGUCGCUUCGAAGGAUUAUUAUGAUGGACAUUACAAAGAACGAGCUGAACGAGGUAUCCGCGCCUUUGCCCGAGUCUAUAGUGCAUGGGCAUAUGGUCAAACUUGGUUCCGUGAACAUAAAUAUAAAUGGGAUGGCUUAUAUCCUGAUCUGGCUAGCUUCCUCCGAGAGCGUUGGGAAGACCGUUUCCUGCAGAAUUGGGAUGCCAAUGAUCUUCUUGUUCUUCUUCAGACAUGGCAAAGAGGCGACAUUUCUAAAAUCAAGGACAACGGAGAUCUCAAUGCUUGUUUAGGUAAAAUAUCAGCCAAGGGGCUAAUCAUGCCCAGUAAAACCGAUCUAUAUUUUCCUCCUGAAGAUAGCGUUAAUGAAAUAGCUUCUUUGACAAGCUCCGCUCGCCUUGUGGUUAUAGACACAGUCUGGGGGCAUACUGCUGGGGGAGGGUCAAACCCUGUGGACGAUGCGUUUGUUCAAGCAGAAAUUAAGAAGUUCCUUGAAGAGUAG